CGCAGAACUACCUCUCACACCGUCACAGCUCAGCUCACUCCAUUCUCGCCACCAUGGCAUCCCAAGCUGCCUCAAUCCGCGCCCGUCUAGUGCGUCUGACAAAGACAUGGCCCGUAGACCCCCUGCGACCCAAUCUCUCCUUUGCCGGCGCAAUUGACAAGAACAUGGUGCAGCGAGUCAACUUCGAGACUCUAAGUCCAGAAGGGAUCAAGUAUGCGCAGAGGGCUGUGGAUAGUUUAGAGGGUAUCCGAGUAGGGAGGGAGAGUGUUGAGCACCCGACAGCGCAAAGCAUCCUCCGCCCCAAGUCCGAUCCAGAGUACUAUGCCCGUAUUCGUCGCGCAGUGGAGAAGGUUUCAAAGGGAGAGAAGUUGACCCUGACGUUCGCACAGAGGAUGAGGGUCUUCUUCGGGGGCAAGCCAUAGAGUCGGGAGGGAUAGUGGGCUAUGGUGGAGAGGUAGAAACGAGGAAAUGUGAAGGGCGCUAGGACAAGCGAGUCGGAUAGACUCUGUAUUUUUACUGAGAUUAUGAGAGUAAGAAAGAUAUCAAGAGCAUCACCAGUCUCGUC